CUGGGUCUAGCCCAGCAACUUGUUUCCAGCGUUGGCCACUCAGAAGCUUAACAAGCAGAGUAGGACGGCAACCGCUACCUCGUUCGCCCCGCCACCCCAAAUCUGGCCAAAUCCGAGCUCGCUUCAGGAAACUGGGAAGUAAAAGAUUCUCUGAACCUGUGCAGCUUGCUGGGUUUACUGUUGGGAUAAUAUAGUUAGCAUAAGAGCUUGGGGUCAGCCAGUGUCAUUUGCAUAAUACAAGUUUUGAGCCACAGCAUCAUUAAUGUUAGAAGCGACACUUUGAGGAAUGGGUCCUCCUUCCCUUCACCUUCUGUAUCAAUAUAAGUGAUGGGGGAGGGAAAUAAAUUUGUGAGCAGGUUGGCCCCAAUGCGAUUGUAUACCCUGUCUAAACGGCACUUUGUCUUGGUCUUUGUUGUAUUCUUCAUUUGUUUUGGUUUGACUGUCUUAAUAGGCAUUGCAGGUCCCAAUGUCAUUGAUUCCAUUCAAGAAACACCUCAGUUGAAUAAUGGUUCCAAGAUAAGGCCGUUUAAUUUAAGUUCGCCACCGUUAUCUACUUACAACCAGCAGUUAUGGCUGACGUGUGUAGUGCAGUUGGACCAACCUUUUGGCUUUAAAGGGAACUUUUAUAUGCUGGUUACAAUACAUGGUGUAACAGAGAACGCAAGUGUAAAAUAUUUCAACAAGGAAAUUCACAACGGGACAAGGAUGCUCAAUCAUGCACAGCAAUAUACUGAAUUUAUUGUGGUCCAUCUUGGUUAUCUGAACUACACUCGUUAUGAGAUCACUGUUGCCUUUGAAAACCUUCCUCAGAUCAAGAGCUACCGUUUCACAUGGAAAACCUAUAAUGCAGCCUUCUCACAAGUGGAAAUCUGGUUCCGAUUUGUCUUUGUGGUUCUUACUUUCAUAGUCACAUGUCUCUUCGCACACUCCCUGCGCAAGUUCUCUAUGCGAGAUUGGGGAAUAGAGCAGAAGUGGAUGUCUAUCCUCCUCCCCUUGCUAUUGCUUUAUAAUGACCCAUUUUUCCCCCUCUCGUUCCUGAUCAACAGUUGGUUUCCUGGAAUGUUAGAUGGCCUCUUCCAGUCUCUGUUCCUGUGUGCAUUGUUGUUAUUCUGGCUCUGCGUCUACCAUGGGAUCAGAGUGCAGGGAGAAAGGAGGUGCAUAACAUUCUAUUUUCCUAAACUUCUUAUUGUUGGGCUUCUGUGGCUUGCUUCUGUUACUUUCGGAAUAUGGCAGAUUGUCACUGAACUACAUGACCCAACAUACCAGUAUGGGAUUGACACAAAUAACUUUCAGGGAAUGAAAAUCUUCUUUGUUGUGGUAGCAGCUGUGUACAUCUUGUACCUUUUGUUCCUGAUAAUAAGGGCAUGCUCAGAACUUCGUCACAUGCCUUAUGUUGAUCUCAGGCUAAAAUUCUUGACUGCAUUGACAUUUGUAGUGCUUGUCAUUAGCAUUGUUAUACUUUAUCUGCGUUUUGGAGCCCAGGUUGUACAUGACAACUUUGUGAUUGAACUGUCGACUCAUUAUCAUAAUUCUGCAGAAUUCUUAUCGUUCUAUGGCUUAUUGAAUUUCUAUCUAUAUACAUUAGCCUUUGUGUAUUCACCAUCGAAAAAUGCCUUGUAUGAAUCUCAGCUGAAAGAUAAUCCUGCCUUCUCUAUGCUGAAUGACUCAGAUGAUGAUGUGAUCUAUGGGAGUGAUUAUGAAGAAAUGCCCCUUCAGAAUGGCCAAGCCAUCAGAGCCAAAUUCAAGGAAGAAUCAGACAGUGAUUAAAGUUUGCGUAGAAGUGACCUACUGUAUGAAAACAAAAUUAAUUUUGACACUCUUCUUCCUGUCCCCCUCCUUGUUUCUCCUGUGUCUGUUAACUGAGCAUAGACUUCUGUAGAAGGACUUCUUGUUUCUCCCUUUCUGUUUACAAACCUAAAACUAAAGGGGGGAGAGAGUUGCUAGGGAAGAGUUAUUUUGUAAACGCAAAGUGUGCUUUUAAGCCCUCCCCAAACUAUUCUCAGUUGUGAUCUGAUGCUUCCAUACCAGGUUGCUAAAUCAAAGAAGCUUUGGGAAUUUGUUGUGAACUAUCACUGAUAACUCUGAUUUCCUCAUUGUGUCAUAGCGAUUUACAUGGAAGAUAGCAUUUAGCUGCUUAUUUUUCACUCCAAGGUAAUUUUAUCUUAACAGUUUCAAACUGUGUUUGUGGGGAAUGGGAAGAGUAGGAGGGUCUCACCUCCCAACCUCUUUAGAUCCCAAUACUACUUGGAUAGAAAACUGAUUGGCAUUUUUAGCCUUGAAAAAACCCUCAGUGUCUGUUUUCCCAUUUCAGGGAUGGAAAGAUGGUGGGUGGGCAGGCAUUGCAAUUGUGAUUCAGCACUGUGUGAUUUGAGUUGAAUGAAGGAGUUUUUUCAGUUACUUCUGUUUGUGAAUAAUGCAAUUAGUCACACCAGCUGCUUCUGAGACCAAGGUAGUUUUAUAUAAUUGUAUUAGGAGAGCAAAAAUAUUUGAGAGAUGUUCCAAAGCUGCUUUAUCUUAAAACAACAGUAAGAUUCAUAUAGUUGAUUUCAGACUUUGGUGAAAAGCAGCCUUAUACCUAAGCAUAUUCUGCAUAUGUAAAUGAGUGAAUGCUAGUGGUUGUUUCUUUUUUUUUAAGAGGGAACAAUAUAUGAUUUAAACAUACAUUCCCUUAGUUAAAAAAUGGUUUGAAUAAGGGUAUUUUAAAUAUUUUGGUAUUUAAUAAACAGUAGCAUAGAAACACACAUUAUGUGUUGGAUGUGGAUGUAGGUGGGCUCUUGGAGAUAUUUGAGUAGGAAAUCCUCCUCUUUUAACUGGGCCAGUUCCAAAAUGGUGGUUGAUUGAUUUUGUUGGACCAACUGUAUGUUGAGAAAGUAAAGUAGAGCUUUCAAAUUACACAGAAGCCUUCAGAUUGUAGAGCUCUACAAGAAUUACGGGGAAUAGACAAGAUGUUACGUUUAUGUGGGGGCAAGUUUGCAUGAUGGCUGCCACAUGCAAAGGCAGUGACUGUAACAUGGAAUGAAUCAUCCCCAUUGCAUGCAUACCAUGGGACCAAGCCACAUUGCAGCGAUGGUGUGGUGAAGCCUCCAUGUAAUAGUUGUGAUGUAUGUACUUGGCCGCAGUUGGUUCAAUGAAAAGUAUAAUCUGAGCUAUUUUGGAUUCUGUUUUGAUAAGCUCAUCUUCAGACACACCUAAAAUGGCAGCUUUUGUUUGUUCCCUUCUUACGCAUGCUGCAGAUGUACACUGCUGAAAUUCAGACAGCUUACUGGAAUGGUGUUGCCAAUCACAGUUUACUGGGAAUGCCUCUUUACUCUCCUGACUCUGGUAGCUCUGGCCCUAAAUCCAUUCUGUAAAUUAGUAUGAUAGAAAAUUAGUGGGUAGUCUUCCUGUCUCACAGAAGUUGUCAGUAUUUCAUGUGCUUUUGCAAGCCCGUGUUCCUAUUUAUAAACACCUCCACUGGGUUCUUCUUGCAUAAACACUUUGUUAUGCCACUGACCAAAACAAAAAUGACCAAUAUGCAAGAACAUAAGACUGAAGAACCUUUUUUGAGUAGAAUGUAAAAGUUCAGUGCACUUUCACUGGUCACACUUGAAUUACUAUUUGCAUUCCUCUUGCUUUGCAAACUGUCCUAACAUACUUCAAGCUGCAGAAACAGUCUAGUUCACAGUUCAUUCUACAGUUGUUUCCAAAUCAUAGGCUGGAAUAGAGAAAACCUUGUGUGUGAGUGAAAAGCACUUUCCUGUGUAUUUGUGUGUGAGAGAAGGGGGGUGUUCCCCAACCCCCAGGAAUGGCUCUUCAGCAUCUUCAAGUUACAGUGGGAAGUGUUUAGUAUGUAAAGAAAACACAGCACUUUGAAUCCUGGCCAUAGACAAGUAUGUGGUGAUAGAUGUUGCAAGGCUACUAAUAUACUGGCCUGUUUUGCAUAUCAUGCAAAGCUAAACUGUGGCUUAGAGCAAAUGUAUGGGCUUCUAGAGAGGAGAUCAUGGCCACUUUGAUCCUCCCCUGUCAUUUUGCUGUUGAGCAAAACUGUGGUUUGUCGUAUUGUCUUGUCUGAACUCAGGCUUGUACAUUAGCUCUCUCCAGACAAACCAUGAACUGUAAACAAGGUUUGUCUUAUGGUUUACAGCUUGUGGUUUGUCUGGGAGAGCUAAACCAUGAGCCGGAUUGAGAUGUCACACUGAACCAAACCAUGGCUUAGCUCUGCAGCAAAUGACUGGGGAGGAGCAAAGAGACUCUCUGGGAGCUCGUUUGUAAUAAGCCAUGGUUUGGCUUGGCAUGACAUGAACAAUGGCACUGUGAAGGAAUAGUACAGUUAUUUUUGCAAGUCAGUUAUCUACACUGAUAUUAAAGCUAUGAGAGAGUGUGCCAUGCACUUUGCAUAUCAAAAGUUCAAAAUAUGUUCAGCCAAAUGUAAUACUUGCUUUUGCUAAAAGUCACAUUUCUGAUAAACCAUUUCGGAUGUAUUUGUGCUGUUGCAAUUAGCAAGUUAGAGUGCUAAUAUGUAUUUAGUACAAUGUUAUUGAUUUUCCCAGCAAAUUAAACCCAAGAUACGGAGUAUAUUUGAUGGAUGAUAUCCGGUGUUGUUCAUACUCAGUAUAGACCCGUUGAAAUCAAUGGAUUUAAGUAACUUGUCCAUUGACUAGAGUUGAUCUGAAAAUGACAGUCUAAAAUAUGUUGUGAACUGGAAAACUAGGUGUGUAUUUUUCUUAUCUUUUAUGUUGCUUGAUAUUGACCUCUAGCAAUCAUGUGGAAAAAUUGUUCUAUUCGUCUUUUUAGUGUAUGUAUUCUUUUAAAUUAUUGUUGGUUGAUCUUUUUGAAAAUCUAAUUUUAACAUGGUUCCCAAUUUUUUCUGAAUUCUAGAGAAAAUAAAUGUUGAGUUUAUUUAAUAAACUUUCUUUAUUAAAUGUCUGUAAGAUUCACUGAACUUUAGGAAUUGAAGGCGGCUUUUGAGGAGGUAAUGUUGUUUGUGAUCGUUAUUAUUGCAUUUACCCCCAUGAAUUUCACUCAUCAGAAAAGGCACUAGGAAUAAGCAUCCAGCUCUAUUUUCUGUUACAUUUUAGUCCUAUGUUGCUGUUUUUACUAUUUGCAAAAUAUUUCUGCUUACCUUUGAAACUUAUCAGUGUUCCUUACUGGGCUCUAUAACGUUUUGAUUCAUACUAAUGAUACAGCCAGAAUUAAGCACUUUGAAUUUAUGUUUUCAGUGGGAGAAUUAAACACUUGCUUGGAUCUCCUAAAUCAAAGAUACUUAAAGUGCUUAAUGUUAUAUUGCUAAUGUAGUUUCAUAAUUUGCCAAAAACACUUUCUUAUAAAAUUGUCAUUUUUUUACAGUCUUAAGAUCCAUUUUCUGUGUUUUUUGUAAACUGCUCAUCAGACAAAACUAAAAUGGUAUGGGAUGGAAUUAGGCACUUUUCUCUGUUAAUUCUUGACAUAGAGUGGAAGCAGGCGAUUUACUGUCUGUUUUCUUAUGAACUAUUUUUUAAAAAAUGUCACUCAGCAACUUCAAAGUUCAGUGUUAAACAACUGGAACGUUGCCACCAUACAAAUGGGGGGAACACAAGAUGGUGGGAGAGAGAGAGGUGUCUCAGCUGGGAGUGGAGACUAUUUUCAGGCUUAUUAAUUAGAAUUCUUUUGGAUAGAUGUGAUGGUGUUAACUGAGGAGGAUGUAUUGCACUCUUGUAGGUAAAAAGGGGGCUACCUCUGAAUAGGCAAUUCACUGGGAUAGCUGUCUGUUAAUGAAAGUACCUUUUGAUACUGUGUUUAGCUGGGUUCUAUAAAGACCAGUUGCCAAACAAUUCUGCUUGAACUGGACUUAUGAUAGGGGCUCUAGCUCAUGCUAACCCAAUACAAUCUUCAGUAGACAACUGCAGCAAUAAUUCUGCUACAAAACAUGUUCAUGAAAAACUAUUUUUCAGAGUAAUUUUGGCUCAGUGUAACCCAGUAGAAUAAUAUGCCUCAGAAUAGGAAAUCUGGAUUUAUAUCAUGGCACGUUGAAAGAAUAUGUUUAGCAAGAGAUUUGCAGCCUGAUCCUAUGCAUAUUUACUCAGAAGCAAGUCCAGCUUGGUUUAAUGAGACUUACAGAGCAAUCCAUCUUGUUGGAGGCUGGCAGGAGUGAAGCUGGCAAAAGGGGCUGCCACUCAGAGGCCUCUUAGAGGGAGGGACGCUGGCUGUAAUGGCAAAAGAAGACAACAUACAUGUUUCCUUCCAUCACCCCUUUUCCUGGUGUAUCAGCUGGUGUGGCAGGGCCAUGGGAGGGAGCCGAACGGGACCUGGAUACAGCACAAUUCCCCCCUCCUCGGCCUCUUCCCUACACACCCCUUUUUCAGGCCUUCUGCCAGCUCCCCUUACGCUGGGCUGGGCUUCUCCAGCUAAGCUGGGACCCAGCUGGUUCAGUCGGGGUCCACCAUAUCCAACUCCCUUCAGCCUGGUGUAAACAGCAGUUGGAUUGUGUCCUUACUCCCACAUAAGGUUCAGAGCCUUACAAUGAGAAGGUAUGUAAAUGGUGGCCAAGCCAAAAGGCAAUUAUUGCAUUUAUCAUGUGUUUUGUUAGCCAUAUUUCAAUUGUUCCACUAAUUGAUAUGAAAAGCUCUGUAUGCCACUGUACAACUGAACUCAACAUUUGUAAAUAAAUGUAAAAUGAAAAAUCUCUAGAAAAUAUUUUAUACCAAAAUGUGGCUAGAACAUUUUCAUAGUGUACAUUCAUGUUAAUGAGAAGCUAUAACUACAAUUUUGCUUUUGGGAGGAUAUACCUGGUGUAUCUUAAUGUGUUGUUUUCAUGCUUCGGGGUAGCUUUUGUUUGUAAUUAUGAUGAGGCGCUAGGAACAUUGAAGAGAGCUUCCCCUGAGCAAGAAUACGACAUUAGUUUACUUUUUAGUAAAUACUGGGUGCUGAGAUGCUUUGGAAACUGCACGUGAUUAUGUUCAACCUG